AGGGCUUGGUGCGGACAGGCAGAGAAGCACAGGACAGACAGACAGACACGCGGUGCCAGUGAGGGUGAUGGCGGUGCAGCUGCCUGCGUGCCUUCUGUUGGUGUUUCUGGUGGCCCCGGUGCACUUGGCAGCCCCACGGCACGUGGCCGUGUUCCACGAGCCCAGUGGUGGCAGUGGGGAUGGAGAGGAGGCCUCUGCUUUGCCCCCUGCCCAACCCGUGACUCCGGGGAGCGGCCCCACAGUAGGGGACACAGUGGGGACGGCCGUCACCAACAGCUCAGCUCCGGGCAAUGUCUUGGAUGGGUUGGUGGCUUUCUUCAAGGAGUACAUGCUGCUGGUGGUGGUGGUGGGCUCGUUGGCCUUCGUCUUGCUCUUCAUCAUCUGCGCCGCCGUCAUCGUGCGGCAGAAGCACAAGGCCUCCGCCUACUACCCAUCCUCCUUCCCCAAAAAGAAGUACGUGGACCAACGGGACAAGACCGGAGGGCCUCGGGACUUCAGCGAGGUGCCGGAGAAGGCUCCAGACCCCGACGCUGAGGAGCCCCUGGACUGUGGCCGACAGCUGCAGGCUGACAUCUUGGCCGCGGCCCAGAACCUCAAAUCUCCCCAUAAAGCGCCAUUGGCCAACGGGGCCCAGGGAGAGCGUGAGGGCGGGGAGGAAGAAGGCAGCGAGCACCCCGUUGAGCCCCCUCCCCAGAAUCAAGAUGCUGAAGGAGUGGGGCCGGAGGCAACAAGCGCAGAGGGCAAGGAGACCCAAGACGGCUCUCCCAGCACCUAGUGCCAACCAUGGACUCGGAGCCGGGCUCCUGGCAGCCCUGCUCACCGCCCACCCGAACGUGGAGGCUCGAGGGAGCCCCGAUGAAGCCCCAGUCCCCCUCCUUCACCUCCCCCUGACCCCAUGCAGCCAUGAGAGGCCAUUUUUGAGCCGCGCUUUGGGCUGUUGUGGUGCUCAGUGCAGCCAAACCCAUCGCUUGUGCUCUCUCCAUGGGUGCUUUCCUUGGAUCCCCCCAGAAAACAAAGAGAAAAGCCCAGGCUGGGUCUCCCCACCCUCCUUGCACAGCUUUCUCGCAGAUGUUAUUUUUGCUCAUUAUCGCAUCCUGGCCCCCACCCAGGCAACGGGGCAUGGAGGAACCAUGACCCAUGACUUCAUGACCUGCUGGUAGUUCAGACCUUCUGUGGUGGCAUGGAGACAUUGCAGACCCCUUGGAUGGGGGAGGGGGAUAUGCUGCUCCCAUCCCCCUUUUCCAGCACCCCCCCCCCCUGCAGUGCCUGGUGGAGGUUGGAGGUGUUUUGGACGUGUUUGGAUGAGAAAAAGAAGGGAAAACCUUAGCUAACCUUAGCAGGAGGGAAGAGGAUGCAGUGACGAUGCCCCCAUCCUUUUGUUUGUAUGCCCUGAAUGUCACAGACCCCUCGGAAAGCACAGUGAACGGAGCUCAGAGAGGAGCUGGAGUUUUGCCUUAUUUUCUUAACCCCCUUUGCUAUGAAUAAAGACAUCUACUACGCACA